AUGCCAUCACAAAAUCAAUCCCAAUCCCAAUCCCAAUAUCAGGUCCCUCACCUCCCAUAUAAUGACACCAUAUCCCCAGCCUACGCCCACGACAUUCUCGAUGCCUUCGACAUCGACUCCUUACCCUCCGUAGACCGAGAAUUCCUCGCCUCGUUACUCACUUCCGGUCACGCACCGGCGGUUGAAGUCCGCAGACUAGUGGAAAUGAGUCUCAUGCGCGGGAUGGAGGAAUGGGAGAUGAUGAUGAAUUGUGCCAAGUCCUUGGGAGAUCAAGCUUAUCAGGUUUUGAGGUUGAAGCGAGGACGGGAAUCAUCAAGGCCGGAAAGUGUGAGGGAUGGUCAUGAGCUGUGCUUGUUACCGUUUUUGGAUGUGGUUAUGAAAGUGAGGGUCGGCAGUGUUCUGGGCAAGAGAAGAGGAGGUGUUGUUGGGGGAGAAAAGAUUACAUCGGAAAUCGUGGAAACAGAUGGAAGGAAGAGGGCGAAGAAGACAACGACGGCUGCGGUGAGGAAGGGUGUCUCGCGGUUUUGGGCAGAGGAUGAUGAUACUACGAAAACGAAUAGACGAAGGACGAGGGGCCAGCGGAAGAUUAGUGUCUCUGGCGAUGGUGGAAAAGCAGUGAAGGGCUAUGAGCCAGAUCAGGAGGAAGUCAAGGCGGCAUCGCCGACCCAGUUGAUCACGGUUGUUCACCGUCCAGCUGAGGGCGGUCAGGGCAACGGAGAAUCAGAAAAGAUUUCAGGGUCAAAAGAAGACGCCGACCUUGAACACUCAACUCCACCAGACGAUACGAGUCAUCCCGACACUCGGAGUCCACAACGUAGUCUUGCUUCACCCUCGCCCCCCAACGAACUCCUCGGCGCCGCCUUCGGUGAUGUGCUUGUAGCAGACAAGUUGAGUUUCGAUGUCUCUCUUGCACCAGCUACUGCGAUAAUUACGGGAAAACACACCUACAAAUCGCCCUUCUUCGUUGAACCACCACCCUCACCCAAAUUAACAAGCAAAAUCUCUCCAUCCAAGAAGAAUUCCCCAACGAAAAGGGUCCAAUACCCCCCGCCCGGCGUCUCCCGCCUGCCCAUCCCUCCCCUUUCCGCCCCCAGCUUCGGGUUAAUCCAAGAAGAACUAGCUUCCGACCCCUUCCGCCUACUCAUAGUCGUAACCUUCCUCAUAAAAGUCCGGGGUACAGUGGCCAUUCCUCUUUUCCGCCAACUCAUGGCUCGUUUUCCUACUCCCGAGGCGCUCGCCGGUGCCGACCCCGCUGAGAUAAUCAACCUCAUCCGCCCCCUUGGGCUUUCAGUCAAUCGUUGCGCUGUCAUACAAAAGUAUGCAAGGAUGUGGAUUGAGUGUCCGCCUUGUAGGGAAAAGAGGUACGGGGUAAAGAAUUACCCGAGGGUGGGAGAUGCGAGGGACGUUAAGGUUGGAGAGGAGUUUGGAUGUGAGCCUGAUGAUUUCUAUUACCAAGGAGGGAAAGUGUCACGGGGAGGAGAUGAGGGUGAUAAUACUAGUAUCAACGCCUUCAAACUUGCCAAAGAACAUGCCAUCGGAUCCGCUUGGGAAAUUGGCCAUCUCACCCAGGGUCCGCUGGAUCUCAACUUCUGCGUUGGAAACAGAAAUGGGGCAUUGGAGAGUUACGAUAGGUAA